CUUAAAAAAAAUUUUAAAUAGAUUUUUUUUUAAGGAGAAUGGAAUUUAUCUACCAACUUAUAAAUGCGCCAAUUAUUUGAGUGGGGAAAACAUAAUAAAAGCGUUACAACAUGUCAGGGAGGACUGCAUUCGGAUAGUAGCAUUAAUAUAAAAUCGUUGUAGUAUUGUGACGUUAUUAUUAUUAAUAUAACAAUGUAUGAAACUAAUAUAUUAAGUGUUUUAACAAGCGUUCUGUUAAGUUAUUUUAUUUGGAAGUUUUGCUGUAAAAUAUACUAUUCCGGAAAAUCAUGGAUCAAACUACGAGGUCGAAAGAAAAUAUUUAAAUAUAUUUUUUAUGGAAGUACUCAUGAUCUUUUGGACAUUAUAAAUAUACUUGUGGAGCAUUAUUCAUCCCCGUUUCAUCUGUUCUCAAUGUACCCAGUCAUUGCAGUAUACGAACCAAAUCAAGUAAAAACUGUUUUACGAAGCCAACAUUGCUUAGAGAGAGGUUUCUUCUACAAUAUUUUAGACCCGUUGUUAGGCAUAGGAUUAGGAACAGCUCCUGAAUCUGUAUGGACUGGAAGUCGAAGAAUAAUAGUUUCAUGCUUUAAUCCGAACAUUUUGCGAAAAUGUUUUGAUACAUUCGUAGAACGAUCUUUAAUAUUGGUGAAUGAGUUAGAAAAAGUUGGAAUAAAUGGAAACGAGAUUAUCUGUCAUGAUCAUAUACAAAUGUGUGUUUUUAAGAGUGCAUAUGAUGUUUUCGUGGGCAGUAAAGUUGAAACAGAUCUUAAAGAUCAACAUUUCAAAGUACUUAUGAGACUUAAAAAAAGUAUAAAUUAUAGAACAAAUUUACCAUUGGCGCUAAAUGUCCUUUUGUUUAAUAAUAUUAUGUUUCAUUUCACUCCUUUGGGACGCAAACAGCAAGAUCUUUCGAAGACAUUAAAUUUUCUCACUAAUAAGUUAAUAGAGCAACAUCAACAUGAAUUAAAACAACAUCCUGUCGAGAUGGAAGCUGAUACAAGCCAUAAGACGUUUCUUGAUAUUCUGAUUGAGUCAUCUCAUAAAAACAAUUUGUCACACAAAGUGAUUUGUGAUAACGUAAUUACACUGAUUAUGGGGUCCAGUGAUUCAAUCAGUAUUACCUUAAAUUUUGCUGUCUUCAUGUUAGCAAAUUUCCCAGAAAUACAAAUGAAAGUAUAUGAAGAAUUGUUGGAAAUUUAUGGUAUGAAGACGCUAACGUCUGCUCCAGUCAAAUAUGAUGAUUUACAACAUAUGCAUUAUUUGGAGCAAAUUAUUAAGGAAACAAUGAGAUUAUUUCCUAUUUUUCCAAUAAUUGGCCGGGAAGUAACCAAAGAUAUAAGAAUAGGAGAUUCUAUUUUUCCAAAGAACACUACUAUAGUAAUACCACUUAUAACGAUGUUUCGAAAUAAAGAGCAAUGGCCAAAUCCAUUAAAAUUUGACCCGGACAGAUUUCUGACAGAAAGAAUAAAGGCUUAUAACUCAUAUUAUUUCACUCCUUUUAGUGAUGGACCACGGAAUUGUAUAGGUAUCAAAUAUGCAAUGAUGUUUAUGAAAGUUAUCCUAGCAACGCUUAUUCGCACAUUCGUAUUUAACGUAGAACAAAGUAUCGAAAUAGAUAAAAUCAAAUUAACUACGAAUAUGGCGUUAUUACAUCCCGUUAAACCUUUAAAGGUCAAAAUUGAAAAACGAAAAUUUUCUGAUGACAUAAUAUAAAAACGUUAAACAUGAAAGAAUAUGCAAUAUUUGUUCAAGUAAUAUUCUGUCUCUAUUAUUGAUACUAUAAAUAAUAAAAUAUUGUCUCAAAUAGCCAAACUUUGCUUAAAGCAAAUAGUAUCCAAAUGCUUGUUAGAAAUUUUGUAAGCAAAAUGAUACCAAAUUGGACACAAAUUAAA